UUCCUGAAACACAUUCACCUGAUAAAGAGGUGUGGUUGAGUGUUUCAAUAGUCUGUGGACACUUCCUCAAGCAAGCUGGUGCCGAUAUCACGAUGACAAAAUCUUCAGUGGACACUUCCACAAGCAAGCUGGUGCCAAUAUCACGAUAAGGAAAUAUCUACUGUACCUGUAGAAGCAGAUGUUUGAAGAAUGAAUAUCGUCCCAGGUCAAAUCCAGGUCCAAUUUGUACAGACAGUGCAUGGGGUGCAAAGGCAAACAGAUCCCAUUAUAAAGUGCAUUAUUGACAGGAAGUUGAAGAAGCUGAAGAAAUUGAUCAGAGGCGGCAAGGACUUGAAUGGACUGUACCCUUGUGCUGAGUUGAAGUAUGAUGUUACCCCUUUAAUUGCUGCUGUUGCAUUUACAAAUGACAAUAUUUGUACAUUUCUUCUGAAAGAAGGUGCUGACCCCAACAUCCAAUCAACAAAUGGUUUGGUUCCUUUGCAUUAUGCCGCAAUGUCAAAAGCUCCUGUCAGUUUAGUGAGUAGAUUAAUCGCAGCAAAAGCAGAUCCAGAAGGGGCACCAAUCCAGAUGUUAACUCCACUUCAAUUGGCGGCUAACAAUGACAGAGAAGACAUUGUGAAAGAGUUGAUGAUGUCUGGAGCAUUUGCUGAAAGAAAUCUCAAAGCAUAUCCCGCUACUGACCAAAAGAUAGCAAGCAUGAUUCAGAAAUUCUCUUCAGAGAGUGAGAAUUUUGUCAAAUUGAAGAUUUUUUAUGAUUUUUCUUGUGCAGUAGGACUCAAAUCAGUGGAGGAUGUUUUCAAUGAAUUUGGCAAACACAUGCUGGUGGUGAACCCUGUGAAUCAUCUCACACUAUAUGACAUGUCUUUUAACGCCAUUGGCCAAAAUGCGGAUCAGUAUCGUCAAGCAUCCAUAAAGUGGCUGAGAGAAUCUCAGAAAAUUGAUCUCUACAUUGAGGAGGCAACCAAUCGUUUGCCUAAAAUUCCCAAACAUUUACAAGAUAUGGUAGUGAAUUGCUUGACAGCUGUUUUUAACAUUAUGAAAGAAAUAUCUCUUGGACUGUCACUGGUAGUAAUACCCACUCUUCUGAAAUACCUCACACAUGAAUCCAAAAGUACCCCUCAAGGACUAAAUCGCAACAUUUCAGUUGUCAGACUACUGUAUGUGAUUACUCAGAAAGCUCCAAAUCACAAACAUGGCUGGACCCUCCCUUUUGUUGAGGAGUUAUGCAAGAGGAUCAUCUCAUUCACUGAUCAAGCAUAUCUCGCCAAUCCUCAGACCUCAAACUUAGCUGUUUUAACUUUUGGUCUGCUUGCAGAUCUGUACACCUUUGAUUGUGUACCUGCGAUUAUCACAUCGCGAGGGAUAACCUCUGUGCCGGAGAAAAUACUUGUUACUGCCGAAAUGGAGAUGGAUGAAGAUCUGAAAGAAAAGCUAAGGAAAUUAGAUAUGUCCCUACGAAGUCCAGUCCCACCAACGGAUAUAACUGAACAAUUGCAGGGAAUGAAUCUGUCAAAGAAGAAGAAGAAGAAGAAGAAGAAAAAGAAGAAAACAAUUCAGGAAGAGUUGUCGGUAGAGAAAAGUACACCUGACACGACUGAGAAGCCAGAUCUUGAUGCUUCAUCAAUUCCAGUUGAAGAAUCUGGUGUACAUGGUGAACAUUCCAGUGUUAAACCAUUUCCCUCCACCACCGACGAAUUGAAACCCCGGAAAUGGCACAAAGUUAGUGAGCGGUGGAGGCCUCAGUUGGAAGAACUCAGCAACAUAGAUGCAGGCAAGGUUUCCAGAUUGGGAAAUCUCAACCUUGUCGUCCAUCCGAAUUUCCAAAUAGCCAAAGGAAGUGAUGGAACUGAAGUCUUUCUGGGCUUGAAGGAUGAUGGUACUGAGGUAGCCGUGAAGAGAAUGCUCAAGUCAAACUAUCAAGAUCUGAAGAGAGAAGAGGGUUUUUUAAGACUACCUCAGCUGGAUAGUCCCUGCAUUGUGAGAUAUGUGGACUUUGCAGAGGACGAGCACUUCGGCUACCUUGUUCUUCAGCUCUGUGAAUACACCCUUGAUGAAUACAUCAAAGACCACCUACCAGAGGACAAAACCCCUGUCCUGAAGAAAAUAGUGCACGAGGUGCUCUGCAGUCUAAGCGUUCUGCAUAGUCUAAACACAAAAAUUCUGCACCGGGAUAUCAAACCCCAGAAUGUUUUAAUAGAUGUUACAGGCAGAGCGAGAUUAGCCGAUUUCGGUAUAAGUCGACAAUUGAACAUGGGACAAACAACUCUACAUACAAUCAGUGCAGGAACAAAAUGUUGGAAGGCCAGAGAAACUUUAGAUGAAGACAGUGGGAUCGGAUAUAAGAGGAGCACCGAUAUUCAGGUGGCCGGGAUGUUAAUGUAUUACAUCAUCUCUGGUGGACAUCAUCCAUUUGGCAAAGGCAUCCAUUGUGAAGUUAACAUUUUUCAAGGGAAGUACACACUGGAACAUGUUGAGGAUGAAGUGGCCAAGGACCUCAUUGAGUGGAUGAUCAAUGAAGACCCAGAGAAGAGACCUACAGUGGAGGACACACUGGCCCACCCAUACUUCUGGCCAGAGGAGAGGAGAGUGGAGUACUUACGAAAAAUUGGUAACGAGAAGGAAGCAGAGAACUGUCGCAAAGCAGACCCAGGACUCCUUCAUGCUUUGGACCAGUGUGCUGAGGCGAGGUCGUUCACAAAGUGGAAGUCCAAGAUACCGCCUGAGUUGAUGAAGAAGUUGGAUGGUAAAAAGAAGCCCUACCCAGACAACACAUUGGGUUUGUUGCGCUUCAUACGCAACCUUCAUGAGCACUACAUUGAGGAUGUAGAUUCGGUUGACAUAUUGACAAUGUUCCCUGAUCUCUUUGGAUGCGUCUACAAGUUUGCGAAGAAAAAGGAGUGGAAUUCAAGAAGUAGUCUGAAGAAAUGGUUUCACAGAGAAGAUGUAAGAUAAUGAUUCUGACAUCUGGAAGAUUAACACUGACUAACUUCUGAAAUCUUGGCUUGACUUUUCUGUUGCCAUUAAAUGACUCACUAGUGUAAGUGUUAGAUGAAUGUUCUUUAGAGGAAAUCAAGAGGCUAUGCAGCACUCUGCCUCUGUUUGCCUACUUGGUGUUUUGGCCAUUUUCUUACAUCAUUAUAACAGUACUUAUCUCAUAAGAAGAAAUAUAUACAAUAUUUUUUAUUAGAAUAUGAAAUGUAACGAUACUUCGUAAUAUUAUUCAAUUUGCCUCAGUUUAUUCAUGGUUUGUUUACUGUAUGUAUAAUAGCAAUGACACAUACUGUACAUACAUACAACAUCUCUGUUGAAAAGUAUUGAAACGAGAUGAAUCUAUUAAUAAAGUGUAACAUCUGAAUAGUAUA